GCACGUGCCGGGAUUGGCCUGGGUAUCCGGGAUGUUUCGGGCAUUGGGUUGGUGUGGAAAAAAGCCUGUUGAGCCCUAACCCCAAGCGGGGAAGCGGGAGGUAAAAGCACCGGUUCUGGCCCGGCGCAGGCAGCUCUCUCGCUCUUCUCCUUUGUUCUGUGCCUGCUGCCAUGUGGGCCACCCGGAGGUUAGCCCUGUGGCGGUGCGCCCGCGCUGUUGUCCCUGGGCCGCGCGCCUAUCACGGGGACUCGGUGGCCACGCUGGGCACACAGCCGGACUCGGGCUCAGCCAUCUACAAGGAAAACUAUGAACAGAUGAAAGCACUAGUAAAUCAACUCUAUGAACGAGCACAGAAUAUAAAACUAGGAGGUAGCAAGAAAGCACGAGAACGCCACAUAUCAAGAGGAAAAUUAUUAGCCAGAGAAAGAGUCGAUGUCCUUAUGGACCCAGGGUCUCCGUUUCUGGAAUUAUCCCAGUUUGCAGGUUACCAGUUGUAUGACAAUGAGGAGGUCCCUGCAGGUGGCAUUAUUACAGGCAUUGGGAGAGUAUCAGGAAUAGAAUGCAUGAUUAUUGCCAAUGAUGCAACUGUCAAAGGAGGCACCUACUACCCAGUGACUGUGAAAAAACAUUUACGAGCACAAGAAAUUGCAUUGCAGAACAGGCUCCCCUGCAUCUACUUGGUUGAUUCAGGAGGGGCAAACUUACAUCGACAAGAAGAUGUAUUUUCAGAUCGAGACCACUUUGGCCGAAUAUUCUAUUAUCAGGCAAUUAUGUCUUCUAAAAAUAUUACACAGAUAGCAGUAAUCAUGGGCACCUGUACGGCAGGAGGUGCUUACAUCCCUGCAUUGGCUGAUGAAAACAUCAUUGUACGCAAGCAGGGUACCAUUUUCUUGGCAGGACCCCCCUUGGUUAAAGCAGCAACUGGAGAAGAGAUAUCAGCUGAGGAACUUGGAGGUGCUGAUCUUCAUUGCAGAAAGUCUGGAGUCACUGACUACUAUGCUUUGGAUGAUAGUCAUGCCCUUCACUUAACUAGGAAGAUUGUGAGGAACCUAAAUUAUCAGAAGAAAUUGGAUGUUACCAUUGAGCCCUCUGAAGAUCCUUUAUUUCCUUCUGAUGAAUUGUAUGGAAUAGUUGGUACUAACCUAAAGAGGAAUUUUGAUAUCCGAGAGGUCAUUGCUAGAAUCGUGGAUGGAAGCAAAUUCAGUGAGUUCAAAGCCUUAUAUGGAGACACAUUAAUUACAGGAUUUGCUAGAAUAUUUGGAUACCCAGUUGGUAUCAUUGGAAAUAAUGGAGUUCUCUUUAGUGAAUCUGCAAAAAAGGGGGCUCACUUCGUCCAGUUAUGCUGCCAAAGGAAUAUCCCUCUGCUGUUCCUUCAAAACAUUAGUGGAUUUAUGGUUGGUAGAGAAUUUGAAGCUGAAGGAAUUGCCAAGGAUGGUGCCAAGAUGGUGGCUGCCAUAGCCUGUGCCAAUGUACCUAAGAUAACUGUCAUCAUUGGGGGAUCUUUUGGGGCUGGAAACUAUGGGAUGUGUGGCAGAGGAUUUAGCCCAAGAUUUCUUUACCUGUGGCCAAAUGCUCGUAUCUCAGUGAUGGGAGGAGAGCAGGCAGCCAAUGUGUUGGCAACAGUAAAAAAGGAACAAAAUGCACAGGAAGGGAAACAGUUCUCCAGUGCUGAUGAAGCCGCUUUAAAAGAGCGCGUCAUUAAGAAGUUUGAAGAACAAGGAAACCCUUACUAUUCCAGUGCAAGGCUGUGGGAUGAUGGGAUUAUUGAUCCAGUGGAUACCAGACUGGUCCUGGGUCUCAGUCUUAGUGCAGCCCUCAAUGCGCCAAUCCAGAAGACUGACUUUGGCAUCUUCAGGCUGUAACUGGAAUAUCAAGACUGACUUUGGCAUCUUCAGGCUGUAACUGGAAUAUUAAUUUUUGGACAUAUACCAAAAAUUAAUAUAUUAAUAGCAUUAAAAUUUUAGACUUUUCAACAUGUGAUUAUUAUAGUAAAAGCUUUUUUUUUUUUUUUAACAAAUUACAUUGUAAUUUUCUACCUUAAAAAAGGUCAGCGAAGAUAUUUAUUUGAUGAACCUCAAUUCCUUGUAAAUUUUCUUUGAUUUUUCUGUGGCUCAGCUUUACCACCCAUAAAAUGAAAAGAAUACCUACCAUUAUUUUUUCUAAACCACAAGUAGUAUGAAAAGUUCUGUAAGUUUUAAAUUCCAGGUAUUAUCAAGGCUAUUAAUAUAAAGUUGUAUUUCUACUGAAA